CACCAUAACAACUAGUCAAGAUGGCGGCCCCUCCCAAAGAACCGAAGAACUUGGUACAUCAGCAAGCCAUCAUAUCAGAAACCAUUGCUAAAGAAAACCGAUAUCUAAAGCUUCAUACCAACUUCACCAUAAAUCCUCAUAAUAAAUUUGGUUUCAUUACUGGGAAACCCAAUGAAGAAGAAAUAAGAGGGGAUGAGGACCCAUAUUUCAAACAAGUGUUUGAGAGAGCACAUCAAGAACCUACAAAAAAGUACAAACGCCCACAGACAGAAGCACAAGAAUAUGGCUGGAUUUCAACUCCAUUGAUCAAAACAGACAGACAUGACACACGUCUGAAUCAUUUUCAUCAUCAUUCUUCAAUCACAAAGUUCAUGGAAAAGGCUUGGCUGGAAAAGGAGCAACAGAGCUUGGGAAAUUAAAGACACUAUUACCAAUUAAUUUAUGGUUAAUUAUAAAAAAUAUGUGAAUAUCAUGCUCAAUAUUUGCCUUACAGUAUGUCCCACACUGGUCUCUAUAUUUGAUUUAAAGAAUUAAGAUACUCUCUCACUGGUUGUACAAGAUUCUUCAUUUCCAAUUUCAGUCACACAAAGCAGUGUAUGAUCUACAUAUUUGUUCAAAUUAAAUCAUCAGAUUUGCUUCAAACAACCAUCUCUUCAGUCAACUUAUGUGUGUUACAUUUUUAAAAACUGCAUUUGCUUUUGCAUUAUAAGUACUUCUGAAUAAAAGGGUCUCAGAUAUUAUCCUGUUUAAUGAUCAGUUUUAUAACCAAUCUCUGUGGCGUAAAUCAUUUGCUGAAGAAUUCUAAAGUUGUCUCCAUGCUGUUGGAAAUCUUUUGUACAUGUCAUUUAUAAGAUUAUUUAUGAAUUUAUAAGAAAAGCUUCUCAAAAGGAAUCAUGCAAAACUUCACACACUAAUAAUGUACAAAAACAUUACCUAUUAAAACAGUUCUGACGAG